CAGCAGGCGACUGCCCUUGUUAAUUACCAGAGAAACCCACCAGGGAGCUCGUCCGGGAUUUGCUUGUCUGAAGCAGCACCAGGCUCCGGUUUCUCCUCUGGCCCUUUCCCUUUCACUGCGGUCCAGGUGCACCGCCUGCCUGUCGGCAGGAUGGACAUGAUGGACAGCUGCCAGUUUUCGCCUUCUGAGUACUUCUACGACGGCUCCUGCAUCCCUUCCCCCGAGGGUGAGUUUGGGGAUGAGUUUGAGCCCAGAGUGGCUGCCUUCGGGGCGCACAAGGCAGAGCUGCAGGGCUCAGACGAGGACGAACACGUGCGGGCUCCUACCGGCCACCACCAGGCUGGACACUGCCUCAUGUGGGCCUGCAAAGCCUGCAAGAGGAAGUCCACCACCAUGGAUCGGCGGAAGGCGGCCACCAUGCGCGAGCGGAGGCGCCUGAAGAAGGUUAACCAGGCCUUCGAGACGCUCAAGAGGUGCACCACGGCCAACCCCAACCAGAGGCUGCCCAAGGUGGAGAUCCUCAGGAACGCCAUCCGCUACAUCGAGAGCCUGCAGGAGCUGCUGAGGGAGCAGGUGGAGACCUACUACAGCCUGCCGGGACAGAGCUGCUCCGAGCCCACCAGCCCCACCUCCAGCUGCUCCGAUGGCAUGCCUGAAUGUAACAGUCCUGUCUGGUCCAGAAAAAGCAGCAGUUUUGACAGUGUCUACUGUACUGAUGUACCAAAUGUAUAUGCCUCAGAUAAAAGCUCCUUAUCCAGCUUGGAUUGCUUAUCCAGCAUAGUGGACCGGAUCACCUCCUCAGAGCAACCAGGGUUGCCGCUCCAGGACCCAGCCUCUCUCUCCCCGAUGGCCAGUACUGAUUCACAGCCUGCAACUCCAGGGGCCUCGAGUUCCAGGCUUAUCUAUCAUGUGCUAUGAACUAGACCAGUGCUGCCAGGAGGGCCUGUUACACAG